AUGAGUGGCGUUGGUAUAUCAAGAGUGUUGAAAAGGGGGGGUGAUGUUGAUAGAUUUAAAAUACUUAGUGCAAAAUUAACUAAGGAAAGUGAACAAAAUGUUGAAUCUAUGGUUUCUGAUUUUUGUUAUUCCUUUCAAAAAUUCAUUGGCAAAUACUCCAGUCAAAUAAAUAGCAAUCCACAGUUAUACGAUGCAAUUACCACCAUAUGUCAAAAUUUAGACAUAGACCUUAGUUCUUAUAAUGGAAAUGAAAUACAUAAAAACAUGUCCAAUAGGAUUGGUGAAAAGAUAGUGCAAAUUUGUGCAAAGUUGAGAACACAAAACGGUGGUUUAUUAGAUGUUGAGCAUUGCGUGUGGUUGAUGAAACCCAGAUACCCUAACAUCACAGUUAAGGAUAUUAUUCGAUCUGUGCAGCAACUAUCAAUACUUGGGGCAAUUGAUUUAUUAACUAUUGGCCAUAGAACUGUUAUUAGCACCAAUUGCCAAAUCAAUGAUGAUGAAAAUCAGUGCUUAUCUUUAAUAAAUAGUGCCGUUUAUACUAGUUUAAAGAAAUUUAGUGGAAUAAAAGUUAGUGAUUUGGUAAGCAAAUUAAAUUGGAAUAACUAUAGGGCUGAAUCAUGCUUGAAAUUGUUAGUUGCUAAGGGUAUUUUAUGGGUUGAUCACAACACAUUUGGCAAAUCAUUUGACAAAUCAAAUGAUUUGCAAUCGAACAGUGAUUUAUUUUUUAGCAGAGCAGAGUAUCUCGAUAACAUGACAUUCUAUGCACUAUUCUAA